AUGUCGGCGGUAACCAAGAGCUUUAAGAACGCUUUCCAGGUGCUGACUCCCAUGCGGGAGUACGGCGGGGGCAAGCGAGUGAUGCGCGGGAUCUGGUCCAACUACGAGGAGCCUUCGUACUGGGAGGUGGGUGCGAAUUCGGCCAUCGCUCGACCUUAA